AUGACGAAGCGGAGGCAGGACCGAACCCCCUCCAAUCUGAAGAUUGCUCACGAAGAGUUGCAGGAGCAGUUCGAUGAGCUUCGUAACAUCAACGAUUCCGUUUUCUCCGUAAACUCCGCAUUAAACGGAAUUAUUGCUUCUUGCGAGAAACACGAGGGACGGCUUAAGCAAAUAGCUGAUGUAUUCAAGAAAGAAUAUCAACUUCCAGAAGUGACAUUUAAAGGAAAACAAGGACUUAUCGAAGAAUUUGAAUCAAUUUCGAACUACUGCAGGGGAAUUAUACAAAAUACGAGUAUUUCUAAGGUUGAUGAUCCUUAUGCACUUAAAAAUCUUAUGAAAAUUAGCAAAUUAUUCGAGGAAACAGUUGAUAUUAGCAAAAUCUUCUUUAUUCUCAAAAAUCUUCACCAACAGACAAUCACUACACCAGCCAUUCAAUACAUAACUGAGUGUUCCGACCCUCUCGAGUUCACACAACUGAUAAAAAUCACUCCAAAUUUCUUAAAAUCGAAUCCUACAUCUUUUAAUAAGGAAUGCGCACUCCAAGAGGUCCAUACAAAACUCGUAGACCUUGUUGAAAAGCUUUCCGAGGCCCAUGAUGCUUUGGUUGCUAAAAAUGAUGAAAUCAAAAUGUUUUUGCAGUAUCCGAGUGUCGAAAUCCUUCAAAAGAGUGUUCAGUUCCAAAGAUAUAUCAGUUUUCAUAGAAAAUCACGCGAAUCAUUCACGAAAACGAGCUCUUCUUACGCAAAACAAGCAAAUCAAAUAUUAAUAAUGCUAGGACAGAUCAAAAAUAAUCUCCAUGGUACCAGUCAAUAUUUUACCAAGUCAAUCAAUGAAAUUAAAGCAGAAUCUGCUGCUAUCCAAGAAAAAUACGUAAAUUCAACGAUAAAACUUGCAGAAUUGAGAUCCAUCAAGUUUAUUAAAGACAAAUACUCAACGAAUGCUAUUACGAAAUACAUAAAUUCCAAUAAAAUGUAUACAGAUGCAGAAAAUAAGUUAAUUGAAGGAGUUUGUGAUACAGAUAAGCUCCGAGCCUUCCACGAUUAUCUUGUACAGUCAAAGGACGAAGCCGCGUCCAACAACAAAGAAUUUCGAGACUUAUUAAAUAAAUUAGACUCCGGAGCUUUAGUUACGGCCAACAGCGAGACAGAAGAUAGUAGGAAACUCAGGCAAGCCAUUGACAUACUUUUUGAUCAAGUUUCUGAUGGUUUCAGUGCUUUCAUUUCAACAUUUGAAAUUGCAUCGCAAAUGUCAGGCGAUGUUGAAGAAUGUGUUAGAGCAAUGAGUACUAUUGGCAAAAUGUAUGAAGAUGUUGACGUAAUCGAGUCCCAAGUCGCUUGUAAACCUUCAAAUAAUUGGUACGAACAAUUAACUCGGAGAACGAGCCAAAACAUUGAUAAAAAGAAGACAGAUUUAGAGCAGAUCCAGAAAGAGACAAAAAAUUUGAAAUCGGCCACAUCAAAAUUAAAAUCAAGUGUGGUCGGUCUCAAAACCGAUAAAGAACACAAAUGCGAGCAAUGCCGUAUAAACAGGACACUUUGUCUCGCUACUUGUGGCCAUACUUUUUGCGAAAACUGCCUCAAACGAGAGAAAUGCCAUGGAAAGUGCCCAAUUUGCAUGAAAUCGUUUAAGGAAGCUGAUGUUAUCAAAAUAAUGUGGGAAUAA